AUGCAUCAAUAAUUGCCGCCAGAAUAACUAGAUCGACUUAUUUGUUUGGAAGCCAGAAUUCACAAAAAAUCGAAAGAGGAAAUCAUCCAAGAGCAAUUCUUAUAGAUAGAGAGUGAGAAAUAAACAGAUGAGAAUGAUCGUAAUAAACAGAAUAUGGAUUCUAAUAAAAAGUCUGAUGACUUAAAGUGUUCUCAAAACAGUGAGAAUUCUCCCUAGAAAUUGUUUACUUCAUAAAAUUUGAGUCCUGUAUAAAAGAAAAGCAUAAUUACUAAGAAACAUUCAUAGUAGAAAAAAAAGAAAAAGACCAAGGAAGGCUAAUAAAAAGAUAUCACUCAGUAUUUGUAGUAUUAAAAAAAGUAAUAAAAAGCAAAGAAGUGUGAAUAAAAAUUAAUGGAGUAUUCAAUCUAAGAUUCUCCCUUUAAAAAUAAAAGUCCAUUGCCUAGUGAUCCAGCACUAGAGAAACAACUAAAAGAAAAAUAAAAUUAAAUUGCAAUUUCUGAAAUAAAAAUAAAAGAACUCGAAACUCAUAACUCAGAACUUCGCGAAACAAUAUCUUCAUUAACUGAAUAGUAAUUGAGGAUCUAGGAUGUAGUGAAACAAUUUGCUAUAGAGAACGAGAAACUUAAGAAGUAAUAAUUGCAAGUCUAAUUGUAAACAAAUCGAGUUAGGCUUGGUGAGUAUGUAGUUUAGAGAGAGAAAACUGCUUUAGUAGAUGUUUGGAUUGACGGUUAAGAAUUGAGAGAAGCCAAGGAAUAGUCUAAAAGAUUGGAGGUCUUGAAAGCAGAAUAUGAAAAUAAAAAGAAGAACUCGAAAAACAAAGAAGAACAAGAAAUGAGAACUCUUAAUGUUAAGCUAAACUUUUUGAUCAAAGAGGAAUAAUAACUCUAAGAAACAGUUGACAGACUCGAAACAGAAAAGAAUUUACAUAUCAAAUAAUUAAAACGAGUCUACGAAGAAGAACAUGCAAGAUUUACAAAAAAUAAUGACUAUCCAUUAAUUGGGGAAAGAUAUUAAGUUCUAAGUCUAUUAGGAAAAGGCGGGUUUAGUGAAGUUUAUAAAGCCUAUGAUCUUUAAGAAUUAAGAGAAGUGGCAUGUAAAAUACAUUAGUUGAAUUCCAAUUGGUCAGAUCAUGCAAAACAAAAUUACAUAAGACAUGCUAUUAGAGAAAAUAGGGUUCAUAAGGAAUUGAAUCAUCCUCAUAUUGUGAAACUGUAUGAUUCAGUUGAAAUUGAUAAAUCUUCCUUUUGUACAGUUUUGGAAUUGUGUGAUGGGCCAGAUCUUGCUUAUUACAUUAAAAAGUACAAAUGCUUUCCAGAAAAGGAAGCUAAAUUGCUGGUAGGAUAAAUUAUCUCGGCCAUUAAAUAUUUAAAUAACCAUAAGAAUAAGAUUAUUCACUAUGACUUAAAACCCUAAAAUAUUUUAUUCCAUUUAAAUGAACUAAAAAUUUCAGAUUUUGGAUUAUGCAAAGUUUUGGAAGAUGACAAUUCAAAAUUACAACUCACUUCUCAAGGAGUAGGAACAUAUUGGUAUUUGCCUCCAGAAUGUUUCCACAUGGGAGAUUAACCUCCAAAUAUUUCUAGCAAAGUGGAUAUUUGGAGCAUUGGAGUGAUAUUUUUUGAGAUGCUGUUCGGUCAAAAACCAUUUGGUUAAGGAGUCAGCCAAGAAAAGAUAUUAAAAGAACAAAUCAUUGUAAAAUCUCAAUCUGUGACUUUCCCUUAGAAACCAAUAAUUUCAAAUGAAUGCAAAGAAUUCAUUAGAGGUUGUCUAGCCUAUAAUCAAGUAGAUCGUUUGGAUGUGCAUCAGGCUUCCAAUCAUCCAUACUUUUAGAAAAAAUUAAAUUGA